AGACAGCAGCAAUGGGAGGCCGUACAGGGACCCAUGACACACUCUGGACCUGGCAGCAGCAUGAGGAGGCGGUACAGGGGCCCAUGGCAGACUCUGGACCUGGCAGCAGCAUGAGGAGGCGGUACAGGGGCCCAUGGCAGAUUACAGGCCUGGCAGCAGCAAUGGGAGGCCCGUAAUCUGCCAGCACCUUAUGACAAAAUGGAACCCACCAGCAGUGUGAGGAGACCUGAAAGUGGCACAUGGCAGAGUGUGGCGAUGGAGACAGCAGCAAUGGGAGGCCGUACAGGGACCCAUGACACACUCUGGACCUGGCAGCAGCAAGA